UUGAAAAUGAAGAGACUCUCAUGGACAUGGGGUUUGCUGUUGUUGUUAUUAGCAUCCAGUGGACACUGUUCAAAACAAUCUAAACUCAAAAACUCUCUGAGGCGACAGCCACGUGCGGCAGAAGGGGGAGAUGAAGCAAGAAAGUGUGGCUACACAUUUAUUGUCCCUGAACAAAAAAUAACUGGACCAAUUUGUGUCAACACCAAAGGACCAGGACCAGAGAAUAAAAAAGAUGAAAUUACAAGGAUGGACAUAGAGAAUCUGAAGGAUGUAUUAUCUAAGCAAAAACGAGAGAUCGAUCUCCUGCAGCUAGUGGUAGAUGUGGAUGGGAAUAUAGUAAACGAAGUAAAGCUGCUGAGAAAAGAAAGCCGUAACAUGAAUUCCCGGGUCACUCAGCUCUACAUGCAGCUUCUGCAUGAGAUAAUCCGCAAACGGGACAACUCACUUGAGCUUUCCCAGCUGGAAAACAAAAUCCUCAACGCCACAACAGAAAUGUUGAAGAUGACAACAAGAUACAAAGAACUUGAAAUAAAAUACGCAGCACUAACUGAUCUUGUUAAUAAUCAGUCUGUCGUCAUCUCUUUACUGGAAGAGCAAUGCUUGCGGAUAUUCUCACAGCAGGAUACACAUGGUUCUCCACCAUUAGUUCAGGUGGUCCCUCACCACAUUCCUAACAGCCAACAGUACACCCCUGGACUCUUAGGAAGUAAUGAAAUACAGAGAGAUCCAGGUUAUCCUAGGGAGAGAGAUGUAAGGCCACCUCCUGAUCCAGCUACCUCUCCUACAAAAAGCCCUUUCAGGAUUCCACCACUGACUUUAAUCAAUGAAGGUCCAUUUAAAGACUGCCAAGAAGCCAAGCAAGCUGGGUAUUCCAGCAGCGGGAUUUAUAUGAUCAAGCCCGAAAACAGCAAUGGACCAAUGCAGUUAUGGUGUGAGAACAGCCUUGAUCCUGGGGGUUGGACAGUUAUCCAGAAAAGAACAGAUGGUUCCGUAAACUUCUUCACAAACUGGGACAAUUACAAGAAAGGAUUUGGAAAUGUUGCUGGAGAAUACUGGCUGGGACUGGAAAAUAUUUUUUUGCUUAGCAAUCAGGACAAUUAUAGACUUCUAAUUGAACUAGAAGACUGGUCUAAUAAAAAAGUCUAUGCAGAAUACAGCAGUUUUCGCUUGGAGCCAGAAAGUGAAUUCUACAGAUUGCGUCUAGGCACUUACCAGGGGAAUGCUGGUGACUCUAUGAUUUGGCACAAUGGAAAACAAUUUACAACACUGGAUCGAGACAGAGACAUGUACACAGGAAACUGUGCCCACUUUCACAAAGGCGGUUGGUGGUACAAUGCUUGUGCUCAUUCUAAUCUCAAUGGAGUGUGGUAUAGAGGAGGACAUUACAGAAGCAAGCACCAAGAUGGGAUUUUUUGGGCUGAAUACAGAGGAGGAUCAUACUCACUAAAAGCAGUCCAGAUGAUGAUCAGACCCAUUGACUGAGAAACUCUCAAAACAAA